AGGAGAAAGAGAGACGAGAACAGAGAGAGGAGAGAAGGAGACAGGCCAAGUGGGCACUGAGGCCCUGGCCCGGGUCAGCUCCUGGUAUGGUUUUGGCGUGGGUUUUCCAAAGCUUGCACUCCCGCUCCUGGGGUCAGGAGUGGCGGGAGCCAAGUUACUCCGCGGUGAACAAGCCGGGCAGAGAAAUAUGUAAAUCAGGGCUUCUUGCGCCCCCAAGAGCGGCGCAAUUAAGCCCCUUGAACAAGAAGCAACAAGCUCCCAGCGGGCAAGCUGCAGAGGGUAGCGGCAUCGCGGGGGAGGGAGCGGCUGCAGGAAGGGGUGUGGGGGGUGGGAACCUCACACCCUCACACCUAGUCCCCUGUGCCCCGGGCUGGGUCUCCCCCCUCCGCUCUCUGCUUCUUUCCCUUCCCCCUUCCUCCCCCUUCCUCCCCCUCCCUCCUCCUCCCCGCCGGCCUCGGUCCGCGUACUUAAAGCGGCGCGGGCGGGCGCGGGCGGGCGGCCCAGCCGGGCGGUGGCAGAUGCACCCAGCAGUGGCAGCCGCUGGCGGCGCACAGGUGACCGGCCUGCGGCGCAGCCUGGUCAGAGGGCGCCCAGGGAGAGCUGGCUGAAGAGGGAGGCCGAUCCGCCCCCAGCACGCGCGUGUCUCGGCGCCAGGAGCCGUCCUGGGGCGUGUUGGCGAGCGCUGAUAUAGAUAUAAGGACAUUUCUCUCCAUGGCGUCACGUGACAUAAUUACCACCAGAAUCAAUCAAGAUGAAUUGCACGUCAGCGCCCGGUGGGGAUUUUUGCUUAGUUGAUCCUGGCCCAAGCCUCUUGUGCAAUCGAUGGCUCAGGUUGGCGGCUCGGGGAGCGGCCCGGGGCUCGCCGGCGCGCACGCCACGGAGCCAUGAACGACUUUGACGAGUGCGGCCCGAGCGCAGCCAGCAUGUACCUGCCCGGCUGCGCCUACUAUGUGGCCCCGUCGGACUUCGCCAGCAAGCCGUCGUUCCUGUCGCAACCGUCGUCCUGCCAGAUGACUUUCCCCUACUCUUCCAACCUGGCGCCGCACGUCCAGCCCGUGCGCGAAGUGGCCUUCCGCGACUACGGCCUGGAGCGCGCCAAGUGGCCGUACCGCGGCGGCGGCGGCGGCGCGGGGGGCGGCGGCGGCGGGGGCGGCCCCGGAGGGGGCGGCAUGGCCCCCCAGAGGUCCCGGAAAAAGCGCUGUCCCUACACCAAGUACCAGAUCCGCGAACUGGAACGCCCUGGACCAAAGGCCCUGGGUCCACCCCUGGGAGCUGGCAUCGGCUUCAGCGGAGGCUGGGGCGCCAGGAGCCCCCCCGCGAGGCGCCAGCCAGAGGCGUGGGUGUUCCCCACGGGCACCCCCGGCUCCCGCCUGUCUGACCGCGGGUCCAGCUUUGCUAUUGCGGCUCCAGCGGGAGCGCCGGUGGCCUUGCGGGGGAGGGGGCCCUUGGCUUUGGCUGGCAGCCUCCCGCAGAUCACCGGUGCUCAGCGGUCUGCAGCUCCUUUCCUCCUGGCAGCGCCCAAGAGGGACCGGAAAAAGGCUGGGGGAUUGGACCAGGACUUCUAG